AGCUAGAAGUAGGAAUCGAGGGUUUUGGAGUCAACUGUUUUCAUCUGGGUUGUACCAUUUUCCCGAUAUUUGGGUAGUUUUUAAGUUAAAAUGGAGGUUGUAAACUCGAAAGCUUGCUAGGUAAUCGUGGAUCUUCGUUUAAGUUUUAUUGCACGUUUUGAUGAACCCCCUAGAAAGGACCUGUGGUAAAAGUUUGUACACAAUGGUCUCGGUGCCUCCACGUUCAUCUGCGGGGCUUGUGAACAUCACUGGGUCAGGUGCUACUGGCCGAGAAGUCGAUUCCCCUUUUGAGAGCCACUCCGCAGUGUAAAGGGACCAUACCCCUUCCGGCUUCAGCCCCACCCAAACCCAGGGGAGAACCGCUCGGGUUAGGCACGCGCUGGUGGUGCGUUUAAUACUUAGAGUUGCAAGGAAGACCUGGGUGUCUACAUAAAAGACUAAGACUUUAAAAACGGGAACCAAAGUUUAUUUUCGUUAAUACUUAAGCUUGACAUGGUUUAAAUGGUGAUUUGGAGAAUAAGUAUUCUGAUGUCUGGCUUGCAAGAAAGGGAAGGAAACUAAUGCUGACUCAACAGUGGCUACAGCAUCGUAGCGAAAAUAAGAUGGGAAUGACCUUUACCGGUGCUGGUGAGGACAUAAAAAAAUUGCUGGGGGAGCCGUCUUCAUCGAGGAGCAGGAGCACCACUUUUAAGAGUCCGCCAUGGCGAGUGCGGGAGGCCCGCAGCGGCCGCAGCCGGAACACAGUGACGCACUUCCGUGGGCUGGGUCGACUGCGCAAAAACUCACUUCCGUUGCGCCUCUGCAGUUAGUCCCGGGAUUUUUAGCAGUUGCAGCGGUUUGCUGGGAUCACCAGCAAAUAGGAGACUGAGCUCUUUAACUCCCAAGGGCGAUGCGCUCCGGUGCGAUCGUCAAGGCCUGCCAGAAAGUCUGCAGGUGCCUGUUGUCUGGGUUUGGGGGUCGAGUAGAUGGGGGCCAGGCAGAGCGGUUGACGGAAGGGAGUAGCCCGCUCCGAGGGCCCUUGAGGUCACACGCGGAGCUCUCCCAGGGGAGCGAAUCAAGAGAAGCCUCAAAGUAUGGUGAGGACAGCGAAGCGCUGGUAGAAAUCUGUCGGAGAAGGCAUUUCCUCAGUGGCACCAAGCGACAAAUUAGCCUACAUUCUCUCCUGACCGGAUGCCACUCCGGUUUUGGCCCCUUGGGCAUAGAGUUACGGAAGAACCUGGCAGCAGAAUGGUGGUCCUCGGUGGUGGUGUUUAGGGAACAGCAGGUUUUUCCGGUAGACGCCCUCCACCAUGAACCAGGCCCUUCGCUGCCCGGGGACAGUGCCUUCAGGUUAGUUUCUGCAGAAACUCUACGCGAAAUCUUGCAAGACAAAGAGCUCAGUAAGGAACAGCUAAUAGCAUUUCUUGAGAACUUAUUAAAAACUUCUGGGAAACUACGGGAGAACCUUCUUCACGGUGCCUUGGAGCAUUAUGUUCAUUGCCUGGAUCUGGUAAACAAGAAGCUUCCUUAUGGCCUUGCUCAGAUCGGAGUGUGUUUUCAUCCCGUUUCUGAAACUAAGCAGACACCUGACGGUGUUAAAAGCCAAAGCAUUGGUGAGAAGACUGAAGCUUCACUGGUGUGGUUUACUUCCGCAAGAACUGCCAGCCAGUGGCUUGAUUUCUGGUUACGUCAUCGACUCCUGUGGUGGAGAAAGUUUGCCGUGAGCCCAUCUAACUUCAGCAGCAGUGAUUGUCAGGAUGAAGAGGGACGAAAAGGAAACAAACUUUACUACAAUUUUCCCUGGGGAAAGGAGCCAAUAGAAACCCUGUGGAAUCUGGAAGAUCGUGAACUUUUACACAUGUAUCCUGGAAAUGUGUCUCAAUUAUAUGGCCGAGAUGGACGAAAAAAUGUGGUUCCUUCUGUUUUAUCUAUAAAUGGAGAUCUAGACCGAGGCAUGCUGGCUUACCUCUACGAUUCUUUCCAGCUGACGGAGAACUCCUUUACAAGAAAGAAAAAUCUUCAUAGAAAGGUUUGUCAAGGGCUAUUUAAUGAAUUGCUAGAAAAUGGAAUUUCUGUGUGGCCUGGUUAUUUGGAAACUGCGCAAUCCUCGUUGGAACAACUUUAUUCCAAAUAUGAUGAAAUGAGUAUCCUCUUCACAGUUUUGAUUACUGAAGCUACUUUGGAGAAUGGAUUAAUACAUCUGAGAAGUAGAGACACCACAAUGAAGGAAAUGAUGCAUAUAUCCAAAAAAGCAACCCCACCAGAGUUUGUGUGGACCGUACCAAAGGAAAGGCACUUGGAUGCAGGUGGCCAAAGUGGGAAGUGGUCAGGCGGAAGAAGUUUCUGGAAGCAAAUCCAGACCCUAUUGAAAGAGCUCAGCCACGCUGACCAGUGUGGGAGGAAGACUCAUGCUUCCAGAGGUCCCUCCCAGUGAGAGACGGGCAGCCUGGACAAUCUCUUUUGUGCUUGCUACCUCUCCUGCCAGUAAGAGCCUGAAGUGCACUCUCUAAAUACUGGCUAUGCUGACUUAGAAAUAUUAAAAUUCCAGGUUCUAUGACCAAACAUUAUGUCUAAUGGCUUGCUUUGUCCAUCAUUUCUUUUAAAUUUCUUAUUUUGAAAAAUAAGAAUUUUCAAACAUAAUAUUAGGGGAGAGGGUAUCAUGCCUAUCACCCAACUUCAACAAUUAUCAACUCAUGGUCCAUCCUGUUUCACCUGCCCCACCCCUUUCCAUUAUUUUAAAGCAAACCCCAGACUGCAUGUGAUUUCAUCCAUACAUUUCAGUAUUGAGAACGAAAAGCAGCCCCUGACUGUUGGGAACUGACCUGGCUAGGAACUGACCUGUCACUCACAGCUAGAACACCAAUACCAGACAAGGCCACUCGGUGAGCCUGUUGGAUCAAGACAAAAGCAAGACGACUCCAUAAUCAUGUCUGAACACACAUAAAAACAGACGAACCUUGUCCACCGCACAAACACAACCACACGUGCCCCUAAACUGACUAAUCUAAGUGACUGCUGCUUCCUUAUCAGUCACAGCUUUUACUUUGCUCUGUUUUUGCCUUUUAGAUAAGAAUUAUUAAAAUACCCAAUCAUAUCAUUAUUUCCACUUCCUAAAAGAAUCCAAUCCAGAGUAAAGCCGGCUGCUUUGAAUCUUCUUCCAAAUCACUUAACACAGGUCCAAAUCUUAUCAUCAGACCUUUCUAACACCCUCUUGCUAUGGCAUUCCAUGGUAUGCAUUUUUUCCCCAAAACCCAACUUUGUUCAAUUACUCCUGUAUCUUUGGUGAUCUUUGGCUGGAGAACAUUAAUAGUUUGUACCUCUAAAAGAUAAGCAUUCUUUUGUAAACAGAACAAUACCACUAUCACACCUGCAAAUUCACAUUUUAAAAAUGUUAUCAAAUAUCUAGUUAGUGUUCAAAUUUCCCCAAUUGUCCGAUUCUUUUUUGUCCAGGAUUCAAAAUGGUACAUUGUAAUUAGU